CUCCGCUACAUAUAAUACACAUGUUUCAACUAAUCAAUCGCCUUGACUUGGGUUUUCUACUUUUGUUCUCGUUUUUGCAUUGUACAUUCUUUCAUCUAAUCAGCCCCUCGCUUCAGGCUUACUGUAUUCGUGCAGCGCUAUCUAUCUUGACGUCACACAACACCGCUUGUUGAACCGCCAUGAACGCAAUGUCAGACAUUAGUAACCUUUUGGCUUCGAUAUCGCCGUUGCUAUCCACCUUGGAGAAUCUCAUUCAAGAAAUUUCUUAUGUCCCAUCCCCUGUCUUUUUGGCCCCCGAGGACACACAGAGAAGGACACUGUCCAAGAACAUCGACCCGCUCCGAGAGCAUCUUCAGCAGGCCUCGGACAUUGUGGAGAAAUCGAAAACGGUGGAGAUGAGUUUGCGAUCCCAUUAUGCAGCCACACUGAACUCCCUCGCCCCAAUCAUGAUACUUCCAGAAUGCAUCCUUCUGGAUAUCUUUCAUAUGGCAGUGCAUUCCGAAGAGGGGAUUACCUCAAAUCCUGUCGAUAUAUCUCUGGUGUGCAGGCACUGGGGGACUCUGGCAGCAUCUUACGCCAUGCUAUGGACCAGGGUGCAUGUUGAUGCCACGAAACUGUAUACGUUGGAGAACCUAGCUGUCAAAGUAAGGGAUGUGCCAAUAGAACUGGAUAUCCAGAGGAGGGCCCGAGGAGAUGACUCGUGGAUGUACGAUGAUGAGAAGAUGCCUCGUUUAGGGUCCCUCCGAAUGAUCCUCGCACCGGACUACGACCAUUUUGUCCCAUUCAGGCUAUUGGAAGAUGGUGAAAUCGAUACGAGCGACCUGAGGGCUUUAGACCUCCACAUUGAUCGUUCGAGUUUUCGAGGAUUUGGGUGGGAAACGUUCCGUAUCGAUUUGACACACGUUAAUGCACCAUCGCUGCGAAGCUUCAAGAUCGAAGAAUUCGAAAUCACAUCGAUGCCCGAUGCACCGUUCCAUUUGACCACUCUAUCGAUACGUUGGACGGCGAUGACAUAUGAAAUGCUCCACCAACUUCUCGAAAAUUCCCCUGACCUCGAGGAGUUGUUCAUUGACUUUCUCAUUAUUGUCAAAAGAGAUUCCGAUUCAAGUGAUGCACACCCGAUCACUCUUCCUUUGCUUAAACGCUUCACUUUGAUAGCAGGGUACUUCGAAGACCUUCGGGACCUGCUGGUUCUUCUAAAAGCCCCGAAUUUGGAAUCAUUAUCUAUCACGGUUUCCGUGGAUGACGAUUCAUGGGAUUAUCGUGAAUACGCCCUCGUCCUGGAACCAUUCCUUUCCGUCGUCUCAACGCGCACACUCACUCAGCUCACGUUGUUCUCCCGUAACGGCGUUGUUCGCGAACUCAUCAAAAUACUGAACACUCGAUAUUCGUCACGACAUCAGAACAAUGAUGGGGGACUUGAAGUGUUAAAUCUCAGAGUGUCGACUAGCAGGAGGGAUGGCGACAAUAGAGAGAGCAGGGAUGAUCUACGAGAGCUGGUCCUGACCUUAUAUAGAUACUGGCGGCCGUUGCGGGAGUUGAGCCUCUCGGAAUCCCUAGCGGGUAACGAAGAAUUUCGCAGAGGGCUGAAGCGCUGGGUGAAGAUCCUCAACAUUGACACACGUCGACAUUAUGCCGGGUCAGAUUUCUGAUCCAAAUGAUGCUGAGCCGUCACCUGUCCACUUUGAGGUCGUAGUAUACUGCCCCCUACAGCAGGAGACAAAAAAAAUGGCGACCUAAUUUAUCUCGAUGAUUGAUCAACGUUCUAGGGAAAAUGAUGAGCGCUUCUUGAGUCGUCACGUCUCGGCAUGACUGUUACAAAAAUGGGGCCUGAGGCGCCCAUUUUCGUCCGUUCUUGACGCAGGAAAGUGGAAAGUGGAGGUGAGGUGGUUCAUUAGGGUUUACAGAUGGUUUCACAGAUGUUGUAAC